UCAGCCAUGCAUAUGUGGAUGUGGUUCGGCUACGACCUCGGGCCUUUCCUGUUCUCCGGCCUCGACAUCACCACGCGCUGGCAGUUCGCUCUCACCUGGAUAGUGCUGUUUGUGGUGGCGCUUCUAUUUGAAGGUUCUAAGGUGUACUUGGCGCGAGUGCAGCGCUCCGCCCAAAAACUGCUGUAUCCUAAUAGGUCUGACGAGCGACGGAAUCUGCUGUGCCGGGACCUCCCCGUCGAGCCAGGGACCAGCCGCAACGCGAGUCAGGGCCAGGUGGGAAGAUGGGCGUCUUUUAGGACCAGGAUGCUAGUGAACUCCCACCAAACCUUCGUGUUCGCGGCCCACAAUAUAGUCGGUUACCUGCUGAUGUUGGCGGUGAUGAUCUACAACGUGGAGCUGAUGCUGGCGGUGGUGCUGGGCAUGAUGACAGGUUACUUCCUCUUCGGGCCGAAGCUUACGAGACUGCAAAUGCAAUGCUUCCGCACAAAACGCGUCGUGAUAUGCACUCCUGAAUGCGACGACACGGCUGAAACCUCCACCCCGCCGCUCCUGGACGCGUCUCUCACCACGGAAUCCGACUACUUCAUCUGCCAAACGCGCACCUGCAUCCAGCCGUCCCACUACUUCCGCGCCAGCUCGUCUCAGGAGACCCCAGCCAGCUGCCACUUCGGCGCCAAGUGUCCGUCCAAAGUGGCCAAAGCUAAAACUUUACAGAAACAUUGUCACGAAGAGGAGCCGACCGUGGAAGACGCGCAGUUGCUAGGCGACAGUUGCUGUAAUAAAGAGGUGGAAGUCCACCAGCCUUCUAGCUCGUGCUGUAACCAGGAUACUCCUGAACAGGUGAGAGAGGAGAGCCCUAAGAUAACUUGCUGCAGCGCGAAAGGGACGCCAACUGAUAGUCAGGAGCAGAUUAUUUGAUAGGUUUUUUGAAU